AUGCCCAUUGGGGACUCGCUCCAGGAGCAGCCUGGGGUCCUUGGGGGGCCUCAGGUUCGUGUCCUGCACCAGGCAGAAGAGCAGCAGAUGGCUGCUGCAAUCCAGCUGUGCCUGGGCCAGCGCCGGGCAGAGGAGCUGAGCCACGCACGGAUGCAGGAACAGGACGCCGGUGGGGCGUCCUCAGGGCCCAGCAGCUCCCGCAGAGCUAGGCCCCUGCGGCUUCGUGCCCCUCCCGGUGGGGCGACGGGCCUGCCUGGAGCCGCGGAGCAAGUCACGGGGGCGGAAGUAACAAGUGCCCACCCGCCUGAGAGCCCUGCGUUCCCACGGCUGCUCCGGCCUACAACGCCAGCCCUGGGCUUUCUGGGCGAGAAGCCGCAGGCUGCUGGGGAUCCCGGGGCCCCACACCCUCCCGCCGCGGCGGCCGCGGGCCCUCCCUCCCCUCCCUCCCCUCCCCCGGCCUGCGGGAGUGUGGCGUGUGGGGCCCUGUGCCCGUGUGAGCACGCACACCCCGGCCUUCCCUUUUGUUCUACCCUGACCUCUAGCUCGCGCUCUGGGGUGCAGGAGCUUCCUGCAGCGGCCGCCCGAGUGCAAGUGCGGACUCCUCUGGAGCUUGGCCACCCCCACCCCUGCAUUUGCGAUUGGCUCCGGGAAGGAGCGGCUGGCGCUGGCCGCCGCUGCAGCAUCUCCAGGGGAGCCGAGACCCUGCACAGCCGCCGCCCGCCCGCCCGCCCGCCCGCCCGGGACCGCCGCAGCCUCGGCAAACUUACCGGCUCCGGUGGGGGUGUGCCUGCCGGCCAGAUGGCUGUCGGAUUUCUUCCUCACAUCCUCAAGACAGAGGCGCUGAGCACCCUGCCACGAUUCUCGUCUUGGGAGCCGGAAUCCCCAGGGCCUGCUGGUGGAAGGCAGCAGCAGUCCAGGCCGCUGGUGCGCUCGGCAGUGGCCGCCUGCGUCCCGUGUCCGUGGCUGCUGGAAGAUGCUGAGUGUCCGUCCCGUGCGGCGGCUCCGUCCGCAGACGUCUUAAAACCCGUGUGACUGUGUGCGCCCUAAGACGCACACGCGGCAGUGGCUGCGGCCUCGUUCUCUGCGCACCCGGGGAACAGCGAGGCCGAGGGGACCGUGCCCGGGGCUCCCCCGCCACGCCGCCGCCCGCGCCUCGCCAGGCUGGGCUCCCGGGCGUCCCCGCCUUCCAGCCCGGACGGGGCCUGCGCUGCGGGGGGCUGGCCGCGCCGCUGCUGGAGCUUCUG